AUGGAAUAUAAUUUAGAUGUAUAUUUAAACAUUCCAUUUAAAAGCACUCGAUAUAAGAAGAUAGGUUUUACAAUCCCUGUAUUAGAGGAACGAAGAGUGAAAGGAAAUUUUCGAUCAAUAUCUUUUCAUAAUUAAAAAUAGUAGAAUAGAAAAGCAAUAAUAUUUCCCAAAUUAAACAGUUCUUAUUAUCUUUUGAAAGAUGAAGUCAACGAGACAAAGUAGGGUAAUGGAAAGUAAAAAGGAGAGAAGAUAUCAAAGUAUUUAAAAAGAUUUUUAGAACCUGAGAAUGCUUCAAAGUCAAAGUUAAUGAGAGAUCUUGAUUAUAGGAAGCAAAUAAUAAAGUAAAUGAAAACAAAUUAGUGA